AUGGACAAAUCAAAUAAAAAUACUGUUUCAAACGGCACGGCCGCGGGCGAACCAAAAGAGAGAGUAAGAAAAAAACCAAACAUAUUUUCGCGUAUAUUUGUUUGGUGGAUAUUCCCUGUGCUCAUUACUGGUAACAAGCGAGAUGUUGAAGAAGACGAUUUAAUUGUUCCUAGUAAAAAGUUUAAUUCUGAAAGACAAGGAGAAUAUUUUGAAAGAUAUUGGUUCGAGGAGGUAUCAAUUGCUGAGAGGGAGAACCGAGAUCCUUCGCUAUGGAAAGCCAUGCGCCGCGCUUACUGGUUGCAGUACAUGCCAGGAGCUAUUUACGUGCUGAUCAUUUCUGCAUUAAGGACAGUUCAGCCAUUGCUGUUCUCUGAACUCCUGUCCUACUGGUCAGUGGACAGUGAAAUGUCGCAGCUGGACGCUGGUCUCUAUGCCCUAGCUAUGUUGGGGAUCAACUUCAUCACCAUGAUGUGCACGCAUCACAACAACUUGUUUGUCAUGCGGUUCAGUAUGAAAGUCAAAAUCGCCGCCUCGUCACUCUUAUUUAGAAAGUUGCUCCGGAUGAGUCAGGUGUCAGUGGGCGAUGUCGCAGGUGGAAAGCUAGUAAACUUGCUGUCAAACGAUGUCGCAAGGUUUGACUACGCGUUCAUGUUCCUGCACUACCUGUGGGUGGUACCCCUGCAAGUCGGAGUCGUCCUGUACUUUGUAUACGAUGCUGCUGGAUGGGCGCCAUAUGUCGGUCUCUUUGGAGUCAUCAUAUUAAUCAUGCCACUUCAAGCUGGUCUAACAAAACUCACUGGCGUUGUGAGGCGGAUGACAGCUAAGAGGACUGACAAGAGAAUUAAGCUUAUGAGUGAAAUUAUCAACGGUAUACAGGUCAUCAAAAUGUACGCUUGGGAGAAACCCUUCCAGUUGGUUGUGAAGGCGGCGCGUGCGUAUGAAAUGAGUGCUCUGAGGAAAUCUAUCUUCAUCAGGAGCAUGUUCCUUGGGUUCAUGUUGUUCACUGAGCGAAGUGUCAUGUUUUUGACUGUGCUAACUUUAGCGUUGACUGGAAACAUGAUUAGUGCCACUCUGAUUUAUCCCAUCCAACAAUACUUCGGUAUUAUCACAAUGAAUGUUACCCUCAUCUUACCGAUGGCUUUUGCAAGUUUCUCUGAGAUGUUGAUAUCCUUGGAACGUAUUCAGGGAUUCCUGCUUUUGGACGAGCGUUCAGACAUUCAAAUUACACCUAAAGUGAAUGGUGCUGGAAGUAAAUUGUUUAACAAUCCCAAGAAGGAGGGAGGUCUCGAAACUGGCAUUGUCCUGCCAACAAAAUACUCACCUACCGAAGCGAACCUUGCAAGACCCAUGCAGGAUGAGCCUAACAUGGCUGACUACCCAGUGCAACUUAACAAAGUGAAUGCGUCUUGGGCGGAUCUCAACGAAAGCAAAGAAAUGACACUCAAAAAUAUAUCUUUACGUGUUCGCAAAAAUAAAUUGUGCGCUGUCAUUGGACCUGUGGGAUCAGGAAAGACCUCUCUUCUCCAGCUUCUUUUAAGAGAGUUGCCAGUGACUAGCGGGAAUCUCAGCAUAUCUGGUACCGUGUCUUAUGCUAGUCAGGAGCCUUGGCUGUUCCCAGCUACUGUGCGGGAGAACAUUCUCUUUGGUUUGGACUACAAUGUCGCCAAAUAUAAAGAGGUUUGCAAAGUCUGCUCAUUACUGCCAGACUUUAAACAGUUCCCGUACGGUGACUUGUCUCUGGUAGGAGAGCGAGGUGUAUCACUGUCUGGUGGUCAGAGAGCUAGGAUCAAUUUGGCCAGAGCUAUCUACCGUGAGGCUGAUAUUUACUUGCUUGACGAUCCUCUGUCGGCUGUAGACGCCAACGUCGGCAGGCAAUUAUUCGACGGCUGUAUCAAGGGAUACCUCAGCGGCAAGACAUGCAUCCUGGUCACCCAUCAAAUUCACUACCUUAAAGCUGCAGACUUUAUUGUAGUCCUAAACGAGGGUUCCAUUGAAAACAUGGGCUCGUAUGAUGAACUUAUGCAAACUGGAACGGAAUUCUCGAUGCUGCUCUCUGACCAAGCCAGUGAAGGGUCUGACACAGACAAAAAAGAACGACCUGCAAUGAUGCGAGGAAUAUCAAAGAUCUCAGUCAAAAGUGACGACAAUGACGGCGAGGAGAAGGUCCAAGUAUUGGAAGCCGAAGAGAGACAGUCGGGCAGUCUGAAGUGGGAUGUGCUUGCGAGGUACAUGAAGUCGGUCAACUCCUGGUGCAUGGUGUUCAUGGCAUUCCUCGUACUGGUGAUCACGCAGGGUGCUGCUACCACUACUGACUACUGGCUUAGCUUCUGGACCAACCAAGUGGAUGGUUAUAUACAAACUCUACCUGAAGGAGAAAGCCCAGAUUCUGAUUUGAACACACAAGUCGGUCUGCUAACAACCGGACAGUACCUUAUAGUGCACGGCAGUGUAGUAUUAGCCAUUAUAAUAUUGACGCAAGUCAGAAUACUUUCCUUCGUAGUGAUGACUAUGCGAGCUUCGGAAAAUCUUCAUAACACCAUUUACGAGAAAUUGAUAGUAGCUGUAAUGAGAUUUUUCGAUACCAAUCCAUCGGGUCGUGUCUUGAACAGAUUCUCAAAGGAUAUGGGUGCAAUGGACGAGCUGUUACCACGAAGCAUGUUGGAAACUGUACAGAUGUACCUGUCUCUUGCCAGUGUACUCGUGCUGAACGCCAUAGCGUUACCAUGGACAUUGAUACCUACCACAGUGCUGAUGAUCAUAUUUAUAUUCCUAUUAAAGUGGUACAUUAACGCUGCUCAAGCUGUGAAACGAUUGGAAGGAACAACCAAGAGUCCAGUGUUUGGAAUGAUCAACUCUACUAUUUCUGGACUCUCUACCAUUAGAAGUUCCAACUCUCAGGACCGACUUCUAAACUCAUUUGAUGAUGCACAGAAUCUCCAUACCAGCGCUUUCUACACAUUUUUGGGUGGUUCGACCGCUUUCGGUCUGUACCUGGAUACGCUAUGUUUGAUCUACCUCGGAAUCGUUAUGUCCAUCUUUAUUCUUGGUGACUUCGGUGAGUUAAUACCGGUUGGUAGCGUGGGUCUGGCCGUCAGUCAGUCUAUGGUGCUCACUAUGAUGUUGCAAAUGGCCGCCAAGUUCACAGCCGACUUCUUGGGACAGAUGACAGCCGUGGAGAGGGUACUGGAAUACACUAAGUUACCCACCGAAGAAAACAUGGAGACUGGACCGACAACCCCACCAAAGGGAUGGCCAAGUGCUGGAGAGUUGACGUUCUCCAACGUAUACCUCAAAUACUCUCCUGAUGACCCGCCUGUACUGAAGGACUUGAACUUUUCUAUCAAGAGUGGAUGGAAGGUCGGAGUAGUUGGCAGAACUGGUGCUGGCAAGUCCUCGUUGAUAUCAGCUCUGUUCCGGCUCAGCGACAUUACAGGCAGUAUCAAGAUUGAUGGCCUGGAUACGCAAGGAAUUGCCAAGAAGCUUUUGAGAUCAAAAAUAUCAAUAAUUCCGCAAGAGCCAGUGUUAUUCUCUGCCUCGCUGCGUUAUAAUCUGGAUCCAUUCAACGACUACAACGAUGAUGAUAUUUGGAGAGCAUUGGAACAGGUGGAGCUAAAGGAGAGUAUACCAGCCCUAGAUUACAAAGUGGCGGAAGGUGGCACCAACUUCUCGAUGGGACAACGCCAGCUGGUGUGUCUGGCGCGUGCUAUACUCCGCUCAAAUAAAAUUCUCAUCAUGGACGAAGCUACCGCUAACGUCGAUCCUCAGACGGAUGCUUUGAUCCAGAAAACAAUUCGUAAACAAUUCGCGGCGUGCACCGUGCUCACGAUCGCGCAUCGACUGAAUACCAUUAUGGACUCAGAUCGAGUACUAGUCAUGGACCAGGGAGUGGCCGCGGAGUUCGACCACCCCUACAUCUUGCUGUCUAACCCCAACAGCAAGUUCUCCUCAAUGGUGAAAGAAACAGGCGACAACAUGUCCAAGAUAUUGUUCGAAGUAGCCAAAACAAAAUAUGAAAGUGAUGCCAAAACCGCUUAG